UCACUUUGGCUUCCUUGUUCGUGAUUUUUUUCGGAAUUUUAGCUUGGUUUUGUUUGUCGUUCAAAAAUAUAAAAAGUUUGGUGAAAAUAUCAAUAAUCCAGCUGAAAGGGCAUAAUUAAUUAAAUAAAACGGCGUGUGUAUAAAGUAUAAAUUUUAUGAGUGUACAAAAGGAAAAAUAGUGUUCUGAAAUAAAUUGAAAGGGUACGGGCUAAAAAAUAGCAUAGAAAUUGGGUAUUCGUGGAAAAGAAAAAAAGUUGCGAAAAUAACAUUUUCGGCUUUCCAAGCAACAGUGGUGUUGCACAAAAUUUGAAGCAAUCACUGAGUGUCGACGUUUUAGCAGCAUUGGCUGCCUAUAACGAUUAAAAGAAAUGGGCUACGAUUUGCAUCGCUUUCAGGGCGAAGUCGACGAAGAACUCACUUGCCCCAUAUGUUCCGGCGUGCUGGAGGAGCCGCUACAGGCGGCAAUGUGUGAACACGCCUUUUGCCGUGCGUGCAUCAAUGAAUGGCUCACGCGCCAGCCCACCUGCCCAGUCGACCGCAACACAUUAAACACUGCAAAUCUGCGCGCUGUGCCGCGCAUACUUCGCAAUCUACUUUCACGACUUUCCAUUACCUGUGACAACGCACCAUAUGGUUGCACCCUAGUACUCAAGCUGGACGCACUCAAUUCACAUUUGGAAGAAUGUGAACAUAACCCCAAACGUCCAUUGCCAUGCGAAAAAGGUUGCGGCUUCGUCAUACCCAAGGAUGAACUAAAGGAUCACAACUGUUUGCGCGAAUUGCGUUCUAUGAUACAUCAGCAACAAUUAAAAAUGGGAGAGCUUAAGACAGAGAUUGCUGACCAAAAUUUGGCAAUCAACGAAUUAAAACGUGAGUUGCAACUUUUUAAAGACUUUAUGCGCGCAAUGCGCGUCUCAAAUCCUGCCAUGCGGGCUAUUGCCGAUCAAAUGGAACGGGAUGAAGUUAUACGCUGGAGCUCGACACUAUCAAGGGCGCGCGUAACACGCUGGGGUGGUAUGAUCUCAACACCAGACGAUGCACUACAGAUGAUGAUAAAACGUGCUUUGUCCGAGUCUGGCUGCCCGCCACAUAUUUUAGACAAUCUAAUGGAGAAUUGCCACGAAAGACGCUGGCCGCGUGGCUUGAGCUCUUUGGAGACCCGUCAGAAUAAUAGACGCAUCUACGAUAACUACAUUUGCCGGCGUAUACCGGGUAAACAAGCUGUGCUGGUUUUAAGCUGCGAUAAUGCUCACAUGUCCGAGGAUGUAAUGGUCGAACCAGGCUUGGUAAUGAUUUUUGCUCAUGGCAUAGAAUAAAUAAACACACACUAUAGAGAGUUGCACACGAUUUAAAAGAUUUAUUUAAAAAGCGGAAAUACCUAUUAAUCCGAGCUUGAGUCAGUGUGAAUAUGCGAAUUUCGCUUUUAAUCAAACGACUACGAAAUUGUGCGCGACACAUUGAUAUGGAAGCCAAAUUUCA